AUGAUCGGUGCGACGAGGCGCUGGUUCCGCCGCAAUCGCAAAGGCCUCGCGAUCGGUGCUGGCGUCAUCGGAGCCGGCUACCUCGCGGGACAAUACGUGUUGACCAAGAUCUCAGAAGCGCGUGAGCGCAUGAGCAGCGAUCGAAUUGCUCGUGAGAAUUUGCGACGACGCUUCGAGCAGAACCAGAAUGAUUGCACCUACACUGUUCUUGCACUUUUGCCCACUGCGACGGAGGAUAUCCUUGAGGCUCUACCGGUGGAGGAAUUGACAAAGGAAUUGCAGAGGAAACGGGCGGAGCGGCUAGCUCGGUUGAAUGCUGGGGAGGCUACGGGAUCUGAUUUGAGCUCGGUGUCGCCCAGCUUGCCGGACGAUGAUCGCCGGAGCUUAGCCAGUGAAGGGUUUGCACACGCUAGCCAGGCUGGAGAGGCGCCCGGUGAGGGUGAUGGACAGCCACAGCAGCAACCGGAGCAACAAGAACAGCAGCAGCAAUCGCCGCCGCGGGUGAAGCGGAACAAGACUCAACUCUGGAAUGAUGUGAAGAUUCUCUCUAUUACCAGAGCCUUUACUCUUAUCUACACUUUGUCCCUUUUGACCAUAUUUACUCGGAUCCAACUCAACCUGCUUGGCCGUCGGAACUACCUGUCGAGCGUGAUCUCUUUGGCAACACCCCCUGCGAACACGUCUACAAUCCGCCUUGAGGACCAUGAUGAUGACGACCACACGCAAACACUGGGUAACGAUUAUGAGACCAACAGACGGUAUCUUGCUUUCAGCUGGUGGCUUCUUCAUAAGGGUUGGAAACAGUUGAUGGAACGGGUACAAGCUGCCGUGAUGGAGACAUUUGGUCCUCUGAAUCCCCGGGAAGACAUUUCGGUAUCCAAGUUGUCGGAAUUGACAGUCCAGAUUCGGAUGAAGAUCGAAGGUAGCACGGAAGAGGAGCGAAGAUCCCAGAAAUGGCUGUCGUAUCUGUUGCCGCCACGUGAGGAGGAAGACUGUCUCCUGGUAGAGUCUGGCGUGCUUGGAGUAACAGCUGCUGCAUCACCCCAGACAGCAUCCACGCUGAGACACCUCCUGGACGAGACGGCGGAUUUGAUCGAGUCACCGACAUUUGGCCACGUUCUGACUCUGUUGAACAACGAAGGAUUCGCAACUCUGAUUGAGCGAAAAUGUGCAAACGAUGCGUUCAAGUCCUCGUUGGCCCCAGAGACUUCUACCCAGCCGUUACACUCGACAACGACGAUUGCAGAGCGCAAGACGAAACUGGCUAAUGUGCUGGCAGUGCUGGCGCGUCAGGCACAUGUGAUUGGUAAUGGGGCUAACCCUCCGAAUGAGUAUUUGACAGCCAUGGACCAGGGUGCUCGGGAACUGGAAGCUUUCGCGGCUGUGAUUUACAGUUCGAACUUUGGUCUCGAAUCGCCGGAAUCCGAGCAGCCGAAGAUUAAGACUGAGUCACUGAUGACUGAUCAGGAGGAGGAAGACACUACUUCACUCACACCACCCACGGCGGAUGCAGGAUCAACCGUCGUGGUAGGAGAAACCGAUCCGGGUUCGGCUUUCGAGAAGGCUUGGGGAAAAGCCGUGGAAGAAGACGAGAAGCCAUUGAGUUGA